AUGUUCAAGGUCUUCACGGUUUUCAAGGUCUUUACAUUCUUCAAGGACUUCACGUUCUUCAAGGUGUUCACGUUCUUCAAGGUCUUCACGGUCUUCAGAGUUUUCGAGGUUUUGAGUAUCUUCAAGGUUUUCACAUUCUUCAAGGUCUUCACGUUCUUCAAGGUCUUUACAUUCUUCAAGGACUUCACGUUCUUCAAGGUCUUCACAUUCUUCAAGGUCUUCACGUUCUUCAAGGUCUUUACAUUCUUCAAGGACUUCACGUUCUUCAAGGUCUUCACGGUCUUCAGAGUUUUCGAGGUUUUGAGUAUCUUCAAGGUUUUCACAUUCUUCAAGGUCUUCACAUUCUUCAAGGUCUUCACAUUCUUCAAGGACUUCACGUUCUUCAAGGUCUUCACGUUCUUCAAGGUCUUCACAUUCUUCAAAGUCUUCACGGUCUUCACAGUUCUUGACGGUCUUUCAGGUUUACGAGGUCUUCACGGUCUUCAAGAGGCCGCAAAAAUGUUACCUUCAGAAGACCUGACAAAUGAUACCGUCAGAUAAUGGACCAAUGCACAGUCCCAUCACUUAAAACAUGUUUAAUGGAAACAUGUUGAUCCUGGAACCUCGGUCACUCCAGAGACCCAGAACGGUAAAGUUUCCAUUCAAAAUAUACGAAGUUGAUGCUUUUUGAGUCUUUCUUUUACCACUAUUUUAUUUUCUCUUUUCCCGGACACAAGAAGUUGAAACCCUCCUGAAUUUUCUUCACCUCUCGAAGAUUUAAGCUAUUUUUCCUUUCUUCCAACAAUAGUGUCCUGAUGCCGUUGAAGGACUUCUGAUGUAAUGAACAGGAGUAUCCUUCUUUUCUUCGUAUUAAAGCAGAUUAUCUCCUAUAUUCCCCAGGCGGUAUAUAUAUACUUGACGGGUUUGGUGGCUGUAAUUUCUGUAUUCCCUCCUUCACUAUAGACGUGUGAAGGCUCUAGAGUUGCUCUCACUACCACA